CAGUGAGCCUGAGAUUGUUUUUGGAGGCAGGAACAGACUUGUGUAAAUCACUGAACAACCUUUUUUUUCUCUGUCUGCAGUGUUUAGUUUUCUUUGAGGGAUCAGACGCACAAAGACAACAUGCAUGCAAUAACCAAAAUCCUGUUUUUGUGCAUAUGUUCACUGACGUCAGUGAAGAGCCAAGAGGUUACAUGUAUCCGUCCACAAGAUAGACUUUUGUCUCGCUGGGAGGCGUCUUGGCGUGAUGAGACAAAGAAAUUGGGUGAUACUGUCAGGUACACAUGUAUAUCAGGAUACAGGAGGAAAGAUGGCGUCACUCGGGCCACAUGCACCAGAGAUGGAUGGGAACCAAAUCCACUUUGUGAAGAGAUAAAAUGCAGGAGGCAACAGUUUAAUGAUGCAGAUAUUACUGGAAAAAUUCAGGCUGAAUACAGGUACAACGAUCGUGUCCAGUAUAACUGCAGGAGAGGUUAUGAAGGAAGUUUCACUCUAACCUGUAGAGAAGAUGGCUGGCAUAGGUCUAAUGAAUGUACAGCUAUAACAGGAUGUCCAACAACGAGCUUUGACCGCAGACUUAAAGUUUGGCAACAUGGUGACAAACUUUACUUCAGGUGUGAGGAUGGUUACAAACCUCUCAGCAAAGGCUGGUGGGGUGAAGCCACAUGUGUGUACGGUGUUUGGUCUGGAGUUGAAAGCUGUAUUGAGGAACAAAAGUGUCGAGAAGCUCCUGAGAUUCCUAAUGGGGAAGGAAUACUAGGGAAUACUGAACAACACGGACAGACCCAAGAAAUGAUGUUCAUUGAUUGCAAUGAAGGAUACUCUGCUAAGAUUGAGGAAUUAACCUGUCGUGACGGACGAUGGGAUUUAAAUGGAUCACUUGAUGAUAUCUGUAAAUCUAAUCAUGAUAACUGCAGCCCUCCACCCAAAGUUGAAAAUGCUGUUAUUACAACUCGUUAUCGGAAGCAAUACCCAUCUCGCUCUGAAGUAACCUAUCAGUGCUUUGACAAUUACAUUAUGGAAGGAAAAGCUACGAUUAACUGCAUAGCUGGGGAAUGGAAGGAGCUCGCCAUUAAGUGUUUACAAAUUCCACCCUGUGGGAUACCUCCAGCUCUUGAGGAUGGAGACACCAAGACUGCCAUCAAAGAGCAUUACAGCCAUAAUGAAACUAUUGAAUACAUGUGUCAGAGUCACUACAUUAUGGAGGGAGAACCUUACAAAACCUGCCUCUAUGGUGAAUGGACUGGACACAUGAGAUGCCUCAGGCCUUGCAUUGUGAAUGAAGAUGAAAUGAGACAGCAUAACAUCACCUUGAAAUCAAGUGGCACUAAGUAUUUAGUUCAUGAUGAAAUAAUAGAGUUCAGGUGUACCAGAGGAUUAUCUACUGGUACUGUGGCAAUGCGUCAGAGAUGUAAUAGUGGUGUGUUAGUCCUACCCACAUGCCGAGAGUGAAAAGUUGAAAUGAUUUCUGAUCCUCUGUUUUCAGAUGUGGAAUAAUAAAUCACAGAUUGUCUGA